UAAUUAUUAUAAUAAAAUUAUAAAAACAAAGAAUACACGCGCAAGGACGAAGAAGAAAGCGAGAGAACGACGACGACGACAAAAGCGACAACGCAACGAGGAUAAACAGUUUUGAAAUCGUUCGAUUCGAUCGACGAAAAUUCUUUAAAUACGCGUACGUGUUUCGUAAUAAAAGUUAGCCGAUUUCAAAAGAUUCGUUAAUCUCGUGGAAAUGUCCGAAUCAUGCGCUUCUUCUUCGAGGCUAUUACAGCGUGUAACAUCUUCCGAUCGGCGAAAGACUGACGAGGUCCGAAAGCCGACAAAGUCGAAUACCGAUCGAAUAUAUUUCCCUCGCGUGUUAACGUCUUAUCGAAAAGGAAAUAAUCACUUGCCGUAUCUUACGACUCGUUCGCGAGGUUUUCCUCGUUCCUACGGCUGCUUUAACGUCGAUACAUUAAUUAAGAUCGGAUUCGAAUCGAAUAGAACGAAUUGAAUGGAAGAGGAAUUCAAUAUCGUUCGAUAAUGAAGAGAAUUUCGACGAUGUAUUUUAGAAUUUCGUCGUGUCGUGCGUGGACUCGAAUAGAAAGAAAAUACUUAUCUAAUCUUGAUUGGUAAUUGUAUGAAAAAGAAAAAAAAAGUGAUCUUAAGAAAUCGAGAUCAGUGGAUCAUUCACGGUGAGAACGGAACGAACAUAGAUAGAUAGAGAAAGAGAAAGAGAGAGAGAGAGAGAGAGAGAGAGAAAGAGAGAGAGAGUAUACAACUAUAAAUAGAUGUUUUCUCGCUUAGAGGAUCAGUCUUAAAAGUUAAAGAAAGAAGAAGUGAGAUAGAGAUAGAUAGACGGACAGAUAGAUAGAUAGAUAGAUACAUAGAGAGAGAGAGAGAGAGAGUGUAAGAGAGAAAGAUAGAGAUAGAGAAUACUUCUAAGAAAAUACACGCACGGCGACCAACACGACCUUGUCCGAGUGUCCUUGCUUCAGACGAAGGAUCAUAAGUCAACAGAAAAGACGGGCAGCAAGGUGGUGCGACCUUUGGUAUAUCUAAACAACAGAAAUAGCGGAAGCGAAUCGGAUCGAAGUUGGGUCGAGCGAUCGAGUCUUCUUGGAGUGCAAGCAAGUGUUGAAGAGCAAGAGAACGUUCUCUCAAGAGUCAAGCAGCUAGAGUGACGGAAGGAGAGAGAGAGAGAGAGAGAGAGAGAGAGGGAAAGAGAAAGAGAGAGAACGACAGACUCGAGUGAAACUUACCUCUUUCGGUGCAUUUUUUUCUUCUUCUCGUUUUUCUCCGCCCUCUUCUCCCAUUUUUUUCCCCUCUCGCCUCUUCUUUUUCACCUUCAUUUCCCAAGUACAACGAUAUUUAAAAAAAUUCGAAAGAGCCUGUACGAACAACGUUCUUCGAUUUUAAUCGAUUCGAUCGGUACUUGCUUUGUCGUUUCUUUCGAAUAAUUUUCUUUUUUUUUCUCUCUCUCUUUUUUUUUUUUUUCAUCUUAGUAUCAAAUCCUUCUCCUUCUUCUUCUGUCUUUUGAAGGUUUCGCGCGGGUGUGUUGAAUUUUUCUUUUUUCCUUUAGUGCUAUAAUAGUGUCCACAGAAACUGUUUGUUACUAUUCCUACACAGAAAAAAUAUAUAUAUAUGUGUGUGUUAUAUAUAUAUAUUAUAUAUAUAUAUAUAUAAACGGUAGAUAUUAAUUACCGAUACAAGAGGCCUGAUAGUCUCUCUCCGAGAAAAGAACGCCGAACGUUUUCGUCUACCCAGAUAUCUGGGAAUCAUCCUGAGAUGCCUGUUAGACGAGGUCACGUGGCGCCCAGGACAACGAUCAUCGAGACCAUCAUUAGGAAGUUUGAUACUCACGAUCGAAGUUUUUUAGUGGCGAACGCUCAGCAAGGACUAUGCCACAUAAUCUACUGCUCGGACGGUUUUUGCCGGCUGACGGGUUUCUCCAGGGCGGAAGUGAUGCAAAGACCAGCGGUCUGCGAAUUUCUCCACGGACCGAUGACGUCACCGCAUGCGGUUGCAGCCCUACGCGACGCUCUCGCUGCGGGCGUCGAGAAGCACUUCGAGAUACUCUACUACAGGAAAGAUGGAACCAAAUUCCUCUGCAGCGAGGUGAUAGCAUUGAUAAGGAGCGAGGUGGACGAUAUUUGCCUGCAAAUCAUAAACUUCGAGGAUCUGAGCUCACAGCCUCCACCACAAGCUGCGAUUCCACCACCGAGUCAGGCCAACAACAGGCUUGUUACGCGCUUCGACAGGGCAAGGGCGUCCUUUCGCGCUGGCCUCUCGAGGACCGGUGUCGUUGGUCCACCGAGGGUCAGAAAUCGGCCAAGAACGACGAGCAACUUACCUCAUCGAGUCGCGGAUGGGACCAUCCUCGACGAGGACGCCUCUGAGAACUGCCCGCUAACAUGUGGUUCACCCACAAUGAUGGAAUCUUGGGGUCCAGGGAGGACUGGUACACCACCUCCCACCCUGCCGGUACCGCCAGCUGGAAGCAACAAUGGCGGUGCUACAUCAGCGGCGACUGCAAAUGUUGUACAGCCGAGUACUACAGCUCCCAUUGCAAGUCCCGAGGGUGUAAGCGACGUCUCACAGAAGUCGGGAAUAUGGGAGGGUCCGAAUUCGUCGGCCGGUGGAGUUACGGAAGGAGGACCUUCUCGAAGUGUUUCUCACGCGGCAAGUUUAGAUGCAAUUUCGAGAAAGGCCGUAAAACCGGAUACGACGAGGGCGCCAUGUCGCAGUCUUACCUGCAGCGUUUUAGCAGGCAGAGGUAGCGAACACGUCACCCUCGAGCGAAGGCCAGCAACAGUCGAUAACCUCACCGAAGCAGCGAAACAUUCGAAAAUCUUCCCGGGUGUUGCUUCUGAGAGUGAUCUACAAAAAUGGAGAACGUCCAAGGAUCGAAAAUCACCUUCUCUCAGCCAAAUGGGACCGGAUUCUAUCAAACACAAAUUCUCUCUGCAGGACAACGGCUCGGCGAAAUAUUUUCAAGGAGCCAUGCACACGCCAAAUAUGGGUGAAAAAGUUGCACAGGUGUUGUCCCUCGGCGCGGACGUCCUUCCCGAGUACAAACUACAAUCGCCUCGAAUCCACAAGUGGACCAUAUUACAUUACUCGCCCUUCAAAGCGGUCUGGGAUUGGGUGAUACUACUUCUCGUAAUGUACACAGCCAUAUUCACGCCAUACGUCGCCGCCUUCGUGCUGUCCGAGCCGGAUUAUAACAGCAAGAAGAACAAGAAAUACGGUGACGACCCGAUCGUCAUCAUAGACUUUAUAGUCGACGUCACAUUCAUCGUGGACAUCAUCAUAAAUUUUCGCACGACUUUCGUCAACAGUAACGAUGAAGUGGUGUCGCAUCCUGGAAAGAUAGCCGUCCAUUACUUGAAGGGUUGGUUCAUCAUCGACUUGGUGGCCGCAAUACCCUUCGACCUUCUACUCGUUGGCUCUGAUACGGACGAGCUCGGCUUGGACAAGGACGAGACGACGACCUUGAUCGGACUUCUCAAGACCGCACGUCUUCUACGCUUGGUUAGGGUGGCCAGAAAAAUCGACAGAUACAGCGAAUACGGAGCCGCGGUUUUGCUCCUUUUAAUGGCCAGUUUCGCACUCAUUGCACAUUGGAUGGCCUGUAUAUGGUAUGCCAUAGGAAAUGCGGAAAGGCCGACUCUGAAGAGUAAAGUCGGUUGGUUGGAUAUUCUAGCCAACGAUACUCAUCAAUUUUAUUUUCACAACAAUACAGGUGGACCGAGUAUAAAGAGUCGUUAUAUAACAGCACUCUAUUUCACAUUCAGCAGUUUAACGUCCGUCGGUUUUGGUAACGUUGCACCCAACACAGACGCCGAAAAGAUAUUUACUAUUAUCGUUAUGCUGAUAGGAUCUCUAAUGUACGCCAGUAUCUUUGGAAACGUAUCGGCGAUCAUACAAAGAUUGUACAGUGGUACAGCAAGAUAUCAUACGCAAAUGCUCAGGGUUAGAGAGUUCAUAAGAUUCCAUCAAAUACCAAAUCCACUUCGACAACGUUUGGAAGAAUAUUUUCAACAUGCCUGGACGUAUACCAACGGGAUAGAUAUGAACAGCGUACUCAAAGGAUUCCCCGAGUGCCUUCAGGCUGACAUUUGUCUUCAUCUCAAUAGAAAUUUGUUAAACAAUUGUAGAGCCUUCGAGGGAGCUAGUCCAGGUUGUUUAAGAGCAUUAUCUUUAAAAUUCAAAACGACGCAUGCACCACCCGGGGAUACAUUGGUCCAUCGCGGAGACGUCUUGACGUCCCUUUACUUUAUAUCACGUGGAAGUAUAGAAAUUUUAAAGGACGACAUCGUAAUGGCCAUACUCGGGAAGGACGACAUAUUUGGUGAAAAUCCUUGUAUUUAUCCAACAGUUGGGAAGUCCUCGUGCAACGUUCGUGCUUUGACCUAUUGCGAUCUUCAUAAGAUACACAGAGACGAUUUACUCGACGUUUUGGCACUUUAUCCUGAAUUUUCAAAUCACUUCAGUCAAAAUCUAGAGAUUACGUUUAAUAUGCGAGAUGAAGAACAAGCCGGCGUAGAUCCAAUGUCAGCAAGGUUUCCUGUCAGCACUCCAACCGACGUCGACGUCGACGCCAGGAGAUUCGCCUUCCGUCCACCAAGAUACCGUCGAGGACCUGGAGGAGGUCCUGGCACCAAUCUUAUCCCUACCGGUCGACAAGAUUCCUUGCAGGACGAUCAAGAAGACUACGACAAAAGUAGCGGCCACGGUAUUCUCGAAUUUAGUACCGACAAAGCUGGCCAAGAUGUGACGCCAUUAAAUUUGGAAUUCGAUGAACCGAAGCAAAGGAGUUCAACUUUGAACUCCAUUACCGGCAUGCUAACCCAUCUCAAGCGCAGUAUUCCGGACCUACGUCAGCACAAGAUUCAUCUGCAGCCUCUAACGAGUCAUGAUUACCUCGCCAAACAGAUGACAACGCCGUUGACUAAACAAACACGUAGAAGUUCUGCCACUGGUGAAAGCUGCCUCAGUCAAAACGCUAUACACCCAACGUCGACUACAUCCAGUCAUUAUACGACUCCCUCGCCACCUCAACAUCCUCAUUCUCAUGGCGACUUUCAAAGUGGACCUGGACGACCUAUAGAAGAAAUAAAUGCUAGGAUAGAUCAAUUGUCGAAACAAGUGACGUCAUUGGAACACUCGAUGACGGGUGACAUAAGAUUGAUACUUACGUUGCUCCAACAGACUCUUAAUUCCUCAAGGGAGAGUUCUAGCAUCGAAAUGAUGCCUGGAACUGCACCAGCAGGUUCGGCUAGGCAAACCGGUAGAGCACCCGCACUCGUUCAAAGAUCAGCCAGCGAGCCCCAACCACCAACAACUCCAGCCAUUUCGAAUAAUGGAAACGGAAAGAUCCAACCUAGCACGUCUCAUGGAUUAUUUAGCUUUCUUUCGAAAUCCCUGGAUCAGUUGCAUUUGAUUUCGGCGUCUUUUAUUUUGGAAAAAUUGGACAAGUUCCGAAGUUCUAGCGUUUCACGAAGGAUUUCGACUUUUUGGAUUUGGAGAAACAAGCAACGUAUCUUAAAAACUGCCGAUGGUGUAGGAGACUUUCGACACGGAAAACUUGUUAGACCACCAACAAGGGAACCAAUGUCGACAUCAUCGGGAACAUCGAGACUUACAAUGACGUCGGAUACGUCGGCGUUGGCGACGGCCCUGCAGGCAGCAUUGAACGGAAGAGCGGCACCAACGAGAUCACAGAGUCAGCCGGUAGACUUGGCAGUACCUACGACCACCCAACAGGCUCAUCAGCCACACGCUUGGCACAGCCAGCCUGCGGCAUUUAGAAGAGGAGAGUUUAGGAGCGGGUAUGUGUGCAUUAGGUACAGCUCGUUCAACAAACGAUCCGAGCCGGAAGGCGAGGAUCCUUGGACUUGCGUUGUUUCGGUACAAGAACCAAGAGGAGGAAGUUCGCAGAGACCUCGUAGCGGUGAUUCACGUAAGGAUUCAUCCUCGAAUCAUCGUUGUCCGAACGAUCAACAACAAAGGGGAACGGAAAAUGGUGUUAGACAUGUAAUAGCGACAUUACCAGGAGCAACGACGACAACGACGCCGACGAUGACGACGACGACGACGGCAGUAGGAUUAAGCGGUGUUGGUUUAGGUCAACAACAAUCGACCGGUGGAAGUGGAGGAGGUACGAAUGGUAAUGGACAAGAUGGCGUCGUCGUCCAAUCGGCGGGUCAACGUCAAGAAUCGUCGAGACAAACUAGCGAAGAUAUAUCGUGGGAAUUCACGAUAAACGAGGCACCAAUAGCAAGACUGGAAUCGUUGGACGAGCUCGAUCAAGAUCAUGGUAGUUAAGGCAAAAAUCUUAUAAAAGGAGUUAUGAAUUCGGACCACAGAGACGACGACGACGACGACGUGCUGUUAUGGAUCUGAAGCUGUUUGAGCUUCUAACUCGCUACAACCAAAGAGAGAUGAAUAGACAGAGAGAUAGAGAGAGGAGAGAGAGAGAGAGAGAGAGAGAGAGAGAGAGAAAUAGAUAGAUAGAUAGAUAGAGAAAGAGAGAGAGGAAGAGAGAAUCGCGUUCCCUUAAUUCGAAACUCGCUUUUGCUUUUUUCUCACAGAAAACGAAUUUUUACGAAUGACCGAUCAUUGAAAUGAGACAGCGCAAUGACAAAUAAGAACACAC